CUCACACCCAAGCACGGCAUCACAGCAUUCCCUAAUUGUCGUUGCACAUUAUUCCCAACUCGAACAAAUUUUGGCGCAAGAAAUGGUACAAUUAAACGAUCACAUGAAGCUCUCAGCUUCAUUGCAGUUAAUCGGUCGCUGUAUAGUCUCAUUUAUCUUCGUGGUGCUAACUCAAUUUGCCAUCUCUUUAGUUCCUUGCUUCUUCUCCGGCUCACCAUUUUUUAUCCAACUCACGCUCUCAGCUUUGGUGCUGCUGGUAGUGGUAGGUGUUGGUGGAUGGAGUAGGCGGAUUCUUAGAGUCUAUGCGUCAGCUCCGGCUUUCGUUUUUCUCAAUAUACUGUUUAUUUGGGGUUCUUAUGUGGCUGUUAUUCGACGAGCUGUUUCAAAUUUAAUGGAUGCUUUAUUCAAUGGACAGAUUGCCGUUAUCGUAAUUGGUUUGUGUAGGAUCCUUUCAAGUGAUCCGGGUCGGGUAACACAUGAAUCUCUUUGUUCGGACAGACUUGUUGAAAGUUCAGGUUUUGGAGUUGAACCUGGCAAUAAGAAUUCCCCUUCACUCAGGAGGGUAAGAUAUUGUAAAUCGUGCAAGGCACACAUAAAGGGGUUUGACCAUCAUUGUCCUGCUUUUGGGAACUGUAUAGGCCAGAACAACUAUGUUCUCUUCAUUGCUCUUUUGCUUGGAUUUUUAACAGCCGAAGCCUCUUACCUUGUGUGCUCAGUUCAGUUUGUCAGAAAAUCUCAAAAAUUUGAUAGAAAUUGGUUAGAGAUUAAUCUGGUUGGAAAUUUGGCUAUUAGCACGAUGCUGUUCUCUGUUCUCCAAAUACUAUGGCAGGGUGUGUUUCUGACUUGGCAUUUAUAUUGUGUAUGCUUCAACAUCAAAACCGAUGAGUGGAUAAACUGGAAGAAAUAUCCAGAGUUUCAACUUGUUCAGUCUGAACCAGGAGAAAGCUUUACUAGGGUGGAGUUUAGAAAUCCAUAUGAUAAGGGUGUUCUACAAAAUGUGAAGGAACUUUUAGCAUUAAGAUGAUAACAGUAUCAAUGCAUAUAUUCCACUAACAUGCGGUAAUGGCUGUCUGUCUUCCUUGUGCUGGCAAUUUAUGUUUGUCGAAGGCAGUAUUUUGAUGCACAAAAUGAGCCUUAUGAGAAUUUAAAUGAUAGCCUUGGCUCAUAUGAAGUUACCUCUAUGUAAAUACGUUUCUUUGGAUUAGGGCACAAUCAAAAUGUCAAUAGAAUGGAAUAGCCUGAUGACUAAUUUGUAGUGCUAAUCGAGUUAUUGGAUAAUUUAGUCUCAGUUUA